AUGGGAACAUCAAGGAUGUUCCGCAUUUUCGUGGUCCUGGGCUCGGCUUUCAUGAUCCUUCUGAUCAUCAUCUACUGGGACGACGUCGGGGCCUCCCACCUCUACUUGCACAGCCCAGUAUCGCCGGGCCCCAGGAUCCCUCACCCCCCCCUCCAGCCGAGACCCCACACCUCCCGGACCCCGUCCUUCCUCUCCGAUAUCGACGCCUUCGUGAACCAGUUCCUCGAGCCGGGGACCGGGGAGCCCACUGACACGGCGCCGGCCGACACGGGCAACCAAUCGGACAAAGCGGAAGAGCGUUACGUUCCGCGGAGGGAGUGGAAGAUUCACCUGACCCCUGUGGCGGCCGAGCUCCGCGAGAGACAGGAGCAGAGGCGGAGGCUGCUUCAGGAGAUGUGCGCCAACGACAGCGUCGCCUUCCCCGGCAAGAACCGCUCCUUCGAUGACAUUCCCAACAAGGAGUUGGAUCAUCUGAUUGUGGACGACAGGCACGGAAUCAUUUACUGCUACGUCCCCAAGGUGGCGUGCAGCAACUGGAAGCGCAUCAUGAUAGUCCUCAGCGAGAGCAUGCUGCAGGAAGGCGUUCCGCAGAGAGACCCCAUGGCUAUCCCCUGGGACCUGGUGCACAACAGCAGCAUGCACUUCACCUUCAACAAGUUCUGGAAGCGCUACGGAAAGUUUGCCAGGCACCUGAUGAAGGUGAAGCUGAAGAAGUACACCAAGUUCCUCUUCGUGCGGGACCCUUUCGUCCGUCUCAUCUCCGCCUACAGGAAUAAAUUUGAGGUCCGCAACGAGGACUUCUACCGACGCUUUGCGCAGGUCAUGCUGCGGCGCUACGCCAACCAGCCCACUCCUCCACCCUCCGUGGACGAGGCCUUUGCCCUGGGCGUCCAGCCCUCUUUCUCUCAUUUCAUCCAGUACCUCCUGGACCCUCAGACGGAGAAGGACAUGCCCUUCAACGAGCACUGGCGGCAGGUGUACCGGCUGUGCCACCCGUGCCAAAUCCAGUACGACUUUGUGGGCCACCUGGAGACGGCAGAGGAGGACGCCGAGCUCCUCCUGCGCCAGCUGCGGGUGGACAACGUGGUGGAGUUCCCCACCUCGCACAGGAACCUCACAGCCAGCAGCUGGGAGUCGGACUGGUUCGGCGCGGUGCCCCCCGAGGCCCGCCGAGAACUCUACAAGCUCUACGAGCCUGACUUCAGGCUGUUUGGCUACGACAGGCCGGAUUCAAUCCUCAAUGAGUGA